ACAUGAAAUGGUGUUUGAGCGACGAAACGUUUAUAAACACCGUCGUGGCAAGAUGCUAGUAAACGGGGUAGUUUCAAAAUAAAAUUUGAGGCUGAUCGUUACAAAGGCGUUCGUGUCAUUGUGCCAGCAGCGUUUUUGUUUAUUCACAGCGUGUGUUGGCGAUCCUGGCGGAGGGGAGUGUUCCCCCCCCCCUCCUUCGCCGCGCCAUCUUGUCCGUUCCGAAGCUUGUGACGUCUCGCGUCACCACGCGAUGCGCAACAUGGCCGCGAGAAGCUAGUUGCGUAACGGCGUCCAGUUAGGCCUUGAUUGCACUUCCAGAGAACUUCAAGAUUCAUCUAGCCCGAGUCAGCCGCCCGACUAAAAGCAUUCGUGCAUUUUGCGAUUCUUUUUUUUUUUUUUAAUUUGAUUUGUAUGAGGCCCAUUCCUCAUUGGCACGUGAAUGUAGAUCUCUCAAGUUUUUUUACAAUAGCACGCAGAAGAAGACGGUUUGAAACGGGCGCCGCGCGGCUCAGCUGAACGUGUUCGUUCGCUGCUCCUCGGAAUUCCCGGCCGGCUGACUGAGCCUCCGGAGAUGAAGUCGUAUUGGGUCGUCACGUGGGUGUUGAUGCUGCUGAUGGCGGCGCACGGCGCGCUCGCGAGGGGCGUUCAAGAAGACUUUCGCGACGACGACCCCGGCCACGAGGUAUCGCGCUCUGACCAACAGCAGCAGCAGCAGCAGCAGCAGCAGCAGCAGCUGAAACGGCUCGUGGAUCUGGUGGUCGGCGACUUGCCGGAUCCGGACAGACGCAAUUCAGCGGAUCACGCCCCGCCUGGAGUGGGCAACGCGCGGGAUGGUUCAGGGAAGCAGAAACAAGGAUUCAGACCCGAACGCGCGCUGGACUCGAACGACGUGGGCGCCGGAGACCCGGACAGCGGCCUGGACCAGAUCGUGGACUUCCUUCUGGGAGCGGCCGACGAGGUGGUCGCCUCAAGGGGCGAGGCGCAGAUCGCCGUGCCCGACAUGAGCGAGGAGUUCGAGAAGAGGGUGGCCUUCGUGACGCUGCGCGGCAGGUUCGAGGCGCAGCAGGGCUGGUUCAGGAACCUGUCGACGGCGCGCCGCACCGGGGAGGUGACCGCUGCGAGGCGCGGGCCCGACUCGGUGGUGAUCGCCGCAGAGUUCGGCCUGGCCGAGGUGGAGUUCGGCUUCGAGCGCUACCGCGCCGAGCUGGCCGGGGUGUCUGUCAGCGGCCGCAUGACGGGGUCCGUCGCCCGCAACUCUGCCUCGGUCCGGCUGGCCGCGUCCUUCCGCGGCGGCCGCUGCGCCGCGGCGCUGGAGCAGGUGUCGGUGGACGCCUUCGACGGCGUGGACGUGCAGCUGACGGGGCUCGGGGACCUCAGCUGGCUGCUGGACAGCGUGGCCGGCUGGGCGGCCAGGCACUUCAGGCGGGAGAUAGAGGCGGCGAUACAGGACAACCUGCGCACGGCCAUAGCCGGCGUCCUGGCCAAGCUGCCCUGCGGCGCACUCCGGGACCACGCGCCCGCCCCAGAACCCGUCGUGCUGGUCUAGGCCGUCCUUCGCAUCUCUUUCAACAUCGCGCUCUGGACUGAAGAUAUGCGCAGUGUACUGAGACAAACGUCUGUCCGAUACUAACAAAACAUUGUAUAAAAGAAAACAAAAACAUUUUCAAAGAGGUCGUUAGUAGAGACCGGAAAAAAAAAUUCGCCGGAUUCAUUUCGCGACAGGGCUGAAAUUCGAACAUGCGUACGAUUAUGCUGGUUAUGCCAUUUGGCUCGCGGGUUCAAACUGGAGCUCUCUAUGGGCCGAUGAGGGACCAUAUCGACCAAUCAAAGAUGCGUCGAAUCGCAAAGCUUACCCAUCAGUGGAGACGACUCGCGAUUUUGUUAACCAAUUGAACACGCGUUGUUCGCUUGAGAAUUUGUAGAGGAUAAUGGAGGCUAUCCUGGAGGUCGUUGAAUCCGCGAAUUUUUCAGGUUUUCUAGUCAUGAGGACUGCCGAAAACUUAAAACUAUAAACAAACAGUUGUUAUUUUUGGAUAUCCAAAUCAAUUUUUGAUUUAAAAAAAAUCAGAGACUUUUUUUCGCAAUUUUUACGAGAAAAAAAAAUAUUAUCACGCAACAAAUUUUGUUUCAUCACGUUAGUAAAAUAACUCCUAAAUUACUAUAAAAUAUGCAUUGCAUAGUAAUUGUAGGUAUUAAAAAAGAAAUAACGAUGUUCUUAAUUUUUAGGUUAUAUUGCUACCUAAAAAGACUCCGUUUCCUUCGUAAUUCAAACUAUAUAUCUAUACUCACUUUUUUUACUGCAUGCGCACAUUCGAUUCACAUAUGCACAGCACUUAUGUACAGGGACUGAAGACGCGUAUUAUUAAUAUAUGUAUUGGUAUAUGUCGUGUGCAUUACUUGUCGACCUGUGUUGUGUGUACUGGCUGCGUGCGCACCACUCAGUGUGUGUGUAUGUACCUAUAUAUACAUACAUACAUAUAGGCAUAUAUACAUUCUCAGCUGACGUCACGUGACAGUGUUGAUGACGACUUACAUGAAUUUACUCCCUAUCCAAACCUUCCUAUAGAAGUUUUCACUUCAAAAUUUUUAAUGUAUCAAAAUCAUUUGUUGGCCUACUUAUUUUUUUUGUGUGACAAAAUUAAUUUUGUUUACAUAAAUCUAUAUAGAUUAUUUGCAGCGACGAAACCCUUCCACACAAUAUUUUUUUGACGUAAUUCUUUAUAUAUAUCUAGCAAUAUUAUGUUAAGGAAAUUUUUCUCGGUGUGAAAAUUGUAAUUAUGUUUAAAACGUUUUCACUUGUGAGUUCCUAAAAUUUACUUAUUGCAUUGAGGUGUGCUUGAAGCACGCUUUCCCAGUGAAACCCACAAAAUUACAAUAAAAAACAGGUCCUCACCAACAUAAUUUUUUAUUGAACUCACUUCGCUAUUUCAAAUAACUGAUUAAAACUUAGAUAGUGCGGCCUGUAAGUUGUUCCGGGUACAGGUCACGUCAUCCUGUAUCCUGUAUGAAAAUUUUAAGAACAUCAGUUGAGGUAUUCACGUUACUGUAGCAAAAUAAUUAAGUAAAGCCCAAGUGACACACACCAAUAAAAGAUAUUUCAUUUUAUAAAAACCACAAAAAUCUUUAAACGUGACCACUGUAUGAUCAAUCCCUUUGGACACUUCUGUCUCCCAAGGAGAAAAUUUUCUAGUCAGUUCUAGCCACUGGUAAAAAAUAAAUAUUGCGAAUGCCUGGUUAACCAGCAGUAUCUAUACGGCAACGUGUAUAAAAAUGGUGACUUCUGAAACCAGUAAAUUAAAAUUGGUUAAUAACGAAAUAAUGUUCGUUUUCAAUAUACUUACCAAUUAAAUUAAUCUUUACUAAGAAAAAAAAUUUACUUGCUGUGCAUGAAGAUACACAAUUAUUUAAUAUCUCAGUUCGACAUUUUUAUAUUAGCAGACUGAUAGUCUGUUCAUAAUUUGGGCAGCAAAUUUUCUGAUGAUACAUGUUAUUCUUCGCAAAUAAUAAAUAUAUGUUAUCCUGUAUUAAAACGUGUUUUGAGUCACAGGACCUACAAUAUUCACAUUCCACUAAAACCACCAGUAGAUGAAUUUUAAUGAAGUUGUUAUUAUGAGGCUGAAGGGUGUGACAAUAACUUGAAGAAUUAUUAACGUGCUUUAUGGACAUUGUGGACAUUAUGGACAAUAUGGACAAUAUGGACAUUAUGGGCAGAAAGGUUCCUUAACUCUGCAUGUAAUAUAGUGCUCUGAAUUUUUGUAUAAAAUUUGUUCAUGCUUUAUGACAAAUUCGGUCGUGUCAAGCUGUGAUAUGUUUUAUGCUUUUCUUUUGCCUAUUUUGUCUUUUAAUACGUGUUAAAUUCGCCUGUAUGCGUAAAUUUUGUGUGAAUCCUUCAUAAUUAAUUGAAUUGAUGUUGUGGAUACAGCAAUUCGGUUUUUUUUAUAUCUACUGUAAUCCCCAAGUAAUUUAGUCAUGUAACGGGCUCGUGACGGUGUUGGAUAUAGUUCGUUUAGUUACUACUUUAAUAAAAAUUACCAUCAAA